AUGGAUCCGCAUAAUCCGCCUCGACGACCUAUACGCAUCGGCAAUUGCUCCGGCGCCAUCAACGACGGCAUAGAUCAGAUAUACCGCCUGGCCAAGUACGGCAAUGUAGACGCCAUCACGGCCGACUACCUCGCAGAGUUCAACAUCGCCUGGAAGGCAAUCGAGCUCCAGGCCCAACCAGAGCUGGGAUACGAGCCAAACUUCCUCGAGCAACUCGCCUGGCACAACGGCGAUGCAGCGCGCCUUGUCGCAGAGAAAGGCAUCAAAAUCGUCCACGAUGGCGGAGCCCUGAACCCGCGGGGCCUCGCUGAGAAGACGCACGCGUACUUUGAGAGCCUUGGCAUCCGCGACGUCAAGGUCGCCUGGGUAAGCGGCGACAACGUGACCGAUACCGUCAAACGCGGCGCGUUCGGGCGAGUCAUGCAUCUCGACCAGCCCGGCGUCGAGUUUGAUCCGCACUCGCAGGGUGACCAUCUCCUCGCGGCCAAUGCCUACACUGGCAUGGCUGGCAUCGUGCGUGCGCUAGAGCUUGGCGCUGAUAUCGUCGUCUGCGGGAGGUGUACAGACGCGAGUCCUGUGAUGGGGAUUGCGGCGUGGUGGCAUGGCUGGAAACCGACGGAGUACGAUGUGCUUGCUGCGAGUCUUAUGGCCGGACACUUGAUCGAGUGCGGGCCAUAUGUGACGGGAGGGAACUACUGCGGUCAGCGCGAGGUGCCAGAUCUACAUCACGCUGGGUUCCCGAUUGCGGAGAUCGGAGCCGACGGCGGUGUUGUCAUCACGAAGCCGGAGGGUUCCAACGGGCUGGUGUCUGUUGACACUUGUAAGGCGCAACUCCUUUAUGAGAUACAAGGCGUCUACUAUCUCAAUCCGGAUGUUGUAGCCGAUAUUGAGAAGGCAACCUUUACACAGCUUGGUAAAGAUCGCGUUCGACUAUCGGGUGUGAGGGGUUUGCCGCCACCGUCUACGACCAAGCUGUCCAUCUGCUUGAUGGGAGGGUACCAGGCCGAGAUAUCAGCGUAUGCAACUGGCCUAGACACAGACUUCAAAUUCGAGGUGCUCAAGAGCCAGGUUCUGGACCAAAUUAACCAGUCAGACUUCACGACGUUCAGCAUCGAGAAGUACGGUUCAUCAGUCGCAGAUCCACGGUCACAAAAGCUAUGUACGACGCAGUUCCGCAUGUUUGCACAGUCUCGAACUAAGGCAGCGUUUGAGCAGUUCAAGAAAGCAAUCUUCUACAAUGGCCUACAAGGCUAUUGCGGUCUUCAUCUAGGUAUGGACUGGAGGACUAUGGAACCGAGGCCGUACGUCAGGUACUUCCCAGCACUGAUACCACAGUCCCGAAUUCCUCUCGUCGUGAGCUUUAUUGGUGGUGAGAAACAGCAUACCAUCGAGGCACGCCAAAAUGGCGGCACACCCCCUCGCCAGCCGGAUUACGAUGCCACUGUGCCGCUGUCGAAAAUUCCGCUGUCUAGAACAGUGAGGAGGCCGCUGGGGGACCUCGUCUUUGCGCGUAGUGGCGACAAGGGAGGUAACGCCAACGUGGGCUUCUGGGUACGCAGCGCUUCAGCAUGGCCAUGGCUGCAGGCUUUCAUGACAAGACGGAGGCUUAUUGAGCUGCUGGGAGACGACUGGCAAGCUCGCUACGUGGUGGAAAGGUGCGAGUUCCCAGGGCUCUGGGCGGUUCAUUUUGUGAUCAAGGGGAUCUUACAGGAGGGCGUUAGCAGCAGCAGCGUGCUCGAUGGAUUUGCGAAAAGCCUUGGGGAGUUUCUACGUGCCAGAGUUGUUGGCCUGCCGGUUGACUUGGUCAAGGUUGAGGAUGACCGCCGGCCACGCGAAUUCGAAAGCCGUGCCAGAUCAUCAAGGUUGUAG